AGCAUACUCAUAACUAUUUACCAUAGCCAUUAACUACUCAUACGUAAUACAGUAACUAAAUGAGGAUUCGUAUUCCUCAUCAUACGCUAUAUUCUUUAACUUGUGUAGAAGAUAAAGUGUGAGAAGUAGGCUUUUGGAAAAAUUAUAAUAAAUAUGAGAGCUUAACAAUGUUUUAAAAAUUCUGUAUCUUAUCUAUUUUCGAAAAUGAUAGACUGUGCAGUUUGUAUACACACCUUAUCCAUGUAUGUUGCCUGUCUGAAAGGUAUUGAUUUUCUGGCCAAAUCUUCGAUGCGCGCGUAGGUAAUGGACGCUCGGAAAUAGUGCUUGUUUAAUUGUUGCGAAUAAUAACGGCAUCAUGGAUAACUUUUGUUUCCAAAAACCCUACAGUGUCAGUGCAGCACCUAAGGCUAAAGCUCCAAAGAUGGAUUCUGCCGGGGAUUGGUGUCUCCUAGAGAGUGAUCCUGGAGUUUUCACUCAGCUAAUUCACAAAUUUGGUGCCAAAGGUGUACAAGUUGAGGAACUGUGGACUAUUGAAGACAGCAUGUUUGAAAAUUUGAGACCAGUGCAUGGUCUCAUUUUCCUGUUCAAGUAUGUUAAUUAUGAAGAACCCGCUGGGCCUAUUGUAUCAGAUGAUCGCUUAGACAAAAUCUUUUUUGCCAAACAGGUUAUCAAUAAUGCCUGCGCAACUCAAGCUGUAAUCAGUCUCCUGUUAAAUUGCAAACACCCAGAUUUGGAACUUGGUCCUGAAUUGACCAAACUGAAAGAAUUCAGCAUGACAUUCGACUCGCGCAUGAGAGGUCUCUCGUUAAGCAACUCACAGACUAUACGCAGCGCACACAACUCAAUGGCUCAACAGCCUCUCUUUGAAGUAGAUCCUAAAAUGCCUGCCAAAGAUGAAGACGCCUAUCAUUUCAUAGGAUAUAUGCCAAUUGAUGGCCGUCUUUACGAACUGGAUGGGCUACAAGAAGGUCCGAUUGAUCAUGGUGCAGUUGCUCCGGAACAAGAUUGGCUCGAUGUUGUCCGUCCAAUUAUAAUGAGAAGGAUUAAUGUAUACACCGAAGGAGAAAUUCACUUCAACUUGAUGGCCCUCGUAUCAGAUCGUAAAAUGAUAUAUCAACGUCAGCUUGAUACACUUCUUAAUGAAACACAGUUGCUGGGUAUGGAAACCGAUGCUCUCGAUACAGAAAUAGCGAGACUGAGAAUGUUGAUUGAUUAUGAGGAAAUAAAGAUGGCAAAGUACAAACAGGAGUUGGUACGCAGGCGUCACAAUUACAUGCCGUUCAUCAUUAAUUUGCUUCAAAUACUGGCUAAGGAGAAGAAGCUGAUGCCCCUGCUGGAGAAGGCCAAGGAGCGCGCCACCAAGCGGAGUCACAAGAAAAUGAAAGUAUAACACGAGCAUUCCCGCGGGCCGAAGGUGGAACCACCCACCCGGAGCCCGCGACGCGUGUCGCGACCAGCGUCGCCACGCGUGCUUCCGUUCACUGACGAUUUAGAUUUAACUUUACCCGACUUAGAAUCUGUGUACACUGAAAAUCCAGACUUACAACCCGAAGUUGAAAACUUAGUGGAAAUGCAGGACGUUGAGGUUUCAGAGCGCGCGCAGCAAUUACUCGAAAGCGUGCAAGAUGAUUUGAUGCUCCAACCGCAAGACUCGACCGAUUCCCUUGACGUAGAUUUGAAAGAGUAUAAUGAUUUCGAAAAAUCUGAUGAUUUGUAAAUUUGUGUAUUUGUGAUCGUGUUGAAAAAUAAUAAUAUUAAAAUUUAAUGAGGAUUUAAAUAAUUGUGACAAUGAAUUUAAAUAUUUUGAGAAUAAUUCACUAUUUUAAUUUGUAAUUGACAUUAAAAUAAAACAAUACAAUUAUUUAUUAUGUAGAUUUAAUAUCUUAUCAAUAUUUGUGUAGCUUACUGAACACAGACACAUCAGGAAACAUAAUGAAAAAAAAAAA